GAGGCAUUCGUAACACGUGCUCUCUCGUAGAACGUAUGUAACCAAUAUCCUAUUUUAAGUGUAAUAUUUUAUUUGUUUUUUUAAAAAAUGGGUAAAGAUAAACGCAAGAAAAAUAAACAGCACAGAGAAAAUCCUACAGGACUUGUAUCGAAUAAUUAUUUGAAUGAAUCAGAAGAUUGUAAAGGUGACGACAAAGAGGAAGUAUUGCGAAUGGUGUACGAUGAAAUACAAUCUUUGGCCAUAGAGGAGAAGUUAUCUGGCUUACGAACUUUAGAAUCUAUGUGUUAUAGUAAAGUCAUAGCUGAACGAGUAUCAUCAGAUGGUAUUGUUAAAAUGAUUGGCCCUUUACUUAUUGAUAAUAGCUUGACAAUAAGAGCUGCUGUUGCAAGUGCUUUGAGACAAGUAGCUGAGAAUGGUAAAGACAAUGCUGUUACAAAAUUAAUUGACGAUGACAUCAUGACUCCUUUAAUUACUUUAUUUACAAGAGAUUACAGAGAAUGGCAACCAAAGUUGGAUUCUACAAUUAAAGAAAAUCUAUGCGAUGAAAAAGAAACAUUUAUUGAAGCUGUUACAUUGCUUUUAAUUUUAUGCGAAAACAAUGAAGUGGCUGUUAAGUAUGUAAAUAAACUAUGUCUAUCAAUAUUACUACAAUAUUUGUAUGUUACCAUAUAUGGAAUAGAGAUUAGCACUGUGGUUGCACAGUGUAUACUUACUCUAUCAGAAGAUAAUCCUAUUGCGAUUGAAACACUCAAAGAGUACAAGCAAGACUUAUUGAAUAUAUUAAAUUUACAAGUCAGCGAUAACUUGCCAUUCUAUGAUCUGAUAUUACUGAAAACGUUAAUAAUUGGUAUACUGUUGAAUAUGCAUUGUCUUACUAAAAAUAACGAAAUUGAUGUAUUUAAUCAAGUUAUUAAAAUUUUAUUAGAAACACUGACUGUAGAUAAUAAUAGUCUAUCGCAUGACUUAGGUACAAUAUUAUCAACGGAAAAAGAUAAUUUAUCAAAAGCAACUCGAAAGAAAAUACAAGAAUUCAAAAAGUUACUUACAGCUCAACAACAAACAUUAGAAAUUUUGGCUAAUUUAUGUUCAGACGAAGAGGAAAAUGAACUGCUUUCUGAUUUAGAUGAUUUUGAUGAAAUGAAUCAAAAAGAACCCAUGGACGAGGAUGAACCAGAGGAAACUGAUUUGUCUCAUAUUAUUUCAUCAUUACCGGUAGAAAUAAUAGAAAUUAUUACCAAUUGUAAUGUUAUACAAAAAGUUUGGAUCAAAACUGCAAAUAUAGAUAAAGAAACUCGUGAAUGUAUUUCAGAAAGCGUCGAAGGAAGAGCACUUUUAAAACAGAUAGAUGUAUUGAGAUGUAGAGCAUAUUUAUGCGCACAUAAUUUAUUGUUUAUUUCAGAUAUUAGUUCGGCAAAUGACAUGGAGGAUUUGUACAAUAUAUGGUGUCAAAUUGGAAAAUUUGUUUUCGGAAAUGGAGAAAACGAAGGUUGUGAAUUGGAGAGUAAUUUUGAAUUAUUAGAUUCAGCAAUUGCUGUUAUGAGAGCUUGUCUUCAAAAACUGGCUAAAGCACAAACAAAUUAUUUUUCUAACUUAACAGUAGAUGAUAUUUCGUUAAUGUUUAAUUACGAUGAGCUAUUUUUAAAUAGAAAUAUUGGUGUCAAUAUAAUAAGGAUGUUAGGACAUUUAGCUUUGAUUAUAGCUCAAACUGACAAUCAGCAUAAAUAUGAUUUAUUGAAGAACAUAAGUACAUUUUUUAUACUAACAUGUAAAGAACAAUCUUCCGCGUGGAUCAACGCAGAAUGUUUGGAUGCAUUGAUGGAUAUAUUCUCUGAUGAUGAAACGGAUCAGUUAGCAAAAGAACUUUGUAUAACUACUACAUUAUCGGAACUGUUACUAGCUUUUAAACAAAAGGUUCGUGAACAGAAACACCUUUUAAGAGAUAAAAGUGACAUAAUAUCUACGGUAAAAGAUAAUAUUCCGAGACUUAUAAAAUACAAAGAAAAACGUUUGAAACUUCUGCAAUAAACAUAAGAAAA